UGUAAUUUUUUUCAUUCGCAGCUUUCUUCUCUCUAACUCUUUUUUCUUGUCACACUUACUUUGUUGGCGUCUAAACAACGCUGUCUGAAUCAUUCCUUCGAUUCUGAUUCUGAUUUUUCUUCAUGGAUUCGUAUAGGCAAUAAGGUUUUUCCAUCUUCAACCACAAAAAACCUUCAAACCUAAUCUCCAGACUACUUGCUAUUUCAAUUCAAUCGGACCGGGCAAAAGAUGGCGACUUUGAACCCUUUCGAUCUCUUGGACGAUGACGCAGAGGACCCUAGCCAAAUCGUUGCGGCUAAGCCAUUGAAGGUUGAGAAAGCUGCUCCCGUUCAGCCUGCUAAGUCUGGUAAGAUGCCGACUAAGCCGCUUCCUCCUUCUCAAGCUGUGAGGGAGGCCAGGAACGGUCCUGCUGGAGGUCGUGGUGGGGGACGUGGAGGUGGUUAUGGUCGUGGCAGAGGUGGUGGAUUAAACAGGGAUUCAAGGAAUGCUGAUGCUCCUGCCAAUGAAAACGGAUAUGGUGGAAGCUACAGACGCUCAGAAGAAGGAGAUGGAGCAAGACGUGGUGGGCCUGUUGGUGGAUACCGUGGUGAUCGCGAGGGUCGCCGUGGAGGCUUUAACAAUGGUGAUUCCGCUGGCUUUGAACGCCCACGUAGGAACUUUGAGCGUCACAGUGGAACUGGUCAUGGAUGUGAGUUUAAACGUGAUGGUGCUGGCCGUGGCAACUGGGGAACUGCUGAAGAUGAUAUUGCUCCGGUGACUGACGAAUCUGCAGCUGUGGAUGAAAAGAAUUUGACUGUUGAGAAGCAAGGUGGUGAAGGUGAAGCAACUGAUGCAAACAAAGAGAUAUCUGCUGAGGAGCAAGCAGAGAAAGAGCCUGAGGACAAGGAGAUGACUUUGGAAGAGUAUGAGAAAGUUUUGGAGGAGAAGAAGAAAGCUCUGCAGGCAACCAAGGUUGAGGAGAGGAAGGUUGACACAAAAGCGUUUGAGGCCAUGCAACAGCUUGCAAACAAAAAGAGCAACAACGAUGAAGUCUUCAUCAAAUUAGGGACAGAGAAGGACAAGCGCAUUACUGAGAGAGAAGAGAAGACCAAGAAGUCUUUGAGCAUAAAUGAGUUUCUGAAACCUGCCAAUGGAGAGAGGAACAGAGGUGGUUACCGUGGUGGAAAGGGAGGACGUGAACAAAGAGGAGAAGGAGGGAACCAGAGAGGUGGAAACCAGAGAGGAGGACGAGGUGGACCAAGAGGAGGAAACCAGAGUUACAAAGAACCUGCUGCACCGGCCAUUGAGGACAAAGCACAGUUCCCUACUUUGGGUAAGUAAGGCUCUCUGGUCCUUUCGCUUUCAGGUCUCGUUGUCCCUGUAAUCUCUCCACUCCGCUUGGAUUUUGUUUUUCUGAUUUCAUUGUUGUUGAUACUCUUCCCUUGAGAAAGCUGAAGGAUUUUUGUUUUACUACA